AUUCAUAACCACAUAUUUUAAGCAUUGCUGGUUUUAGAAGGAACUAAAAGGGUUGGUGUUGAUUAAAAGUGGGGUGGUGACAAAACACCAAAAGCCUGCGGUGCUUUAGUUCACAUGUCGUCUGUCAGCAGUCAGUAUAGUUUUAAGAAUGAGGUUUAACACAGUUUUGUGUGUUGCCGUGGUCGUACUUCUCAAUCUAGCAGGCUCUUUCUGUCAGCUAGAUGUCUGUGGCCAAACCUCCCUUAACACAAAGAUUAUUGGAGGAGAGAAUGCAAAUGCAGGGUCUUGGCCCUGGCAAGUAUUGAUCAAGUUCACCAGCUCUAAAGUUAUUUAUACCUGUGGUGGGAGUCUCAUCAAUAAAGACUGGGUUUUGGCUGGAGCUCAAUCCUUCUAUAGCUUCAACAACAUAUCAGACAUUACGAUCUACUUGGGACUUCAGAACCUGAAAGGCCCAAACCUGCAUAAGAUUAACAGAACGGUGAUUCAACUCAUCAAACAUCCUAACUAUGAUCCAAACAGUUUUGACAAUGACAUAGCACUGCUUCAGCUCUCCUCUUCUGUGAAUUUCACCGAUUAUAUUAAACCAGUCUGUCUGGCUGCUGCUGGGAGUGAAUUUGGUGAAGGACUUUCAAGUUGGGUGACAGGAUGGGGGUUCACCUCUGAUAAUGAAACAUUUCCUGACACAUUACAGGAAGUCGAGGUUCCAUUUGUGAGCAACCAUAACUGUAGUAUUUUCUAUAAUGGAACGAUCAAUAUCACCGACAACAUGCUGUGUGCUGGACUAAUAAAUGUUGGAGGCAAGGGCCCAUGUUCGGGUGAUUCAGGAGGGCCACUGAUCAGUAAGCAGCACUCCAGAUGGAUUCAGGCUGGAAUUGUGAGUGCUGCAAUAAGUUCUAGGUUCUGUGUGGACCCCAUGUUUCCAUUUGUGUUAACCAGAGUGUCUAAAUAUCAGGAUUGGAUCAAUGCUGCUAUAGUCACCAACCAGCCUGGAUUUGUUAAAUUCCCUGACUAUAAUUAUUAUACUCCAGAUUAUAGGCCUACCACAACAGAUUGUCCCUAUCCUUUAUUUCCUGAUAUUUUCAGUGGAGGCUCAUCCAGUCUUUACUUCCUUCCUUCACUUUCUCUUACAUUCUCCAUCAUCUCUCUCAUUGUCUGUCUGUUUUUAUAAAGGUUGUUUGGGUCACUGUUAUUUUUAUAAGGUAAAAUGUUUCUGAUGUCUCAUGAAUAUGUUAAAGGUGACAUAGAAUGGUUGAACGGAGUAUUUAUCCUUGUUCUGUGAUUUGAAAUGUAGACAAAAAAAAUUUUGUUUGGGUCUGUAAUGCCUUAGAAGCUUCCUAAAAACCUCUCUCAGAUAGCUCUAUUAGGGUGGGGGAUUUUAAACAAGUGGGAUUGGCUGACUUUGCUGCCACUCAAAAAAUGUAGCCAAUUAUUUUAAAGUGGAGGGGCAGUUAGAUGCCUGUGAUGUCAUAAGCAUCAGUUUUUCAGAUUGGGCUGUUUUCUGGCUGACAUUUCUAAAAGAGGAAUUUCUAUGAGACCGAGAUGUUUAGCAUGUUUAGCACUUUUUGUAUGUUUGUGAAUGUGGGUAGACUACCAUUAUUCAACAAAGACAAGGUAAAAAUGGUUUUUCAUUCUCUGUCCCCUUUAAGAGAGCAGUUUGAUUGGUCAUUUACUUUGCUUUUUGUCUUCUUUUAAUAUUUUAUUUGAAAAGAAAAAAUGCAUAAACCUCUGAUGUAGUUUUGCAUUCUUUUGUAUAUAGGGGAUAUUUCACAAGACUUUUUUCAAGAUUAUAGAUUAAUCUUUGGUCUCCCAGGGUAAGUUUUAGCUCAAAAUACCAUAUAGAUAAUUUAUUAUAACGUGUUAAAAUUGCCACUUUGUAGAUGUGACCCAAAAUUGUGCCGUUUUGGGGUGUGUCCUUUAAAAUGCAAAUGAGCUGAUCAAUGCACUAAAUAGCAGCAAUGUGGUUGGAUAGUGCAGAUUAAGGGGUGAUAUUAUCCCCUUCUGAAAUCACUGGGGGAACCAAACUACAAUUACCUAUUUUUUCACAUGCUUGCAGAGAUUGAUUUACCAAAACCAGGUUGAUCUUUUUCACAUUUUCUAGGUUGAUAGAACCGCUGGGGACCCAAUUAUAGCACUUAAACAUGGAAAAAGUCUGAAUCUUUAUAUCUAAACUCUUAGUAAUAAAGUUGAAAUAUCUGUGUAUCGCACAAUGUGAUUUAAUGUGACAUAAAUUUGAGAUUCAAAGCUUCUUGGGAAUGAAAUGCUUUCUAUUCAUCCUAUUUUUGGAAAAGAACAGAUCAUUUGAAAGACUGGUGAACUUUCUUUAUCAGGAAACAAUGCAUUUAAUUUGUGAUGUACUCACCUCACUUGACCUGCAUAAUCAUUCUGUACUGCAAUGUGAUUUGAUAUAUUUCAUUUUUUGAUAUACCAAUCAUUCACUGAUGUAAUCACUCAUUUUAAAAAGAAUAAAUAAUUGGUUAUGGG